AUAUGCCCCUCUACCAUGAGACGGCACCAAUUCACUGGAUUCUGGGCCACCCUCCCCUCACCGAGCCCUUGUGUGGGUUCGACAAUUCCAAGUGUCCCAUCAAAAAAAUUUCAGAUUGGGUGAUCGCUACCAGCGUCUCGGCCAUUAUCCUCUUCGUCAUGAUCCUAGUGGUCAGUCUGGUGCUGGUGCUUAGACACUGUAUCUACGAGAAGAAGCUGGACCGCCUGGCCUGGAAGAUAGACAGGAGCGAGAUCCAGCUGCUCAACGACGGCCAGUUCAGGGAGCUCACGACCCCUGCCAGGCCCAGGAAAAAAGAUUCCCUGACGGGCAACCAGCUGAGAAAAAUUUACUUCCUCCAGGACACGGACGAGGAGAUCAGCGAGAAGUCGUACAGGUCAGAGGUCAUCCCAGUGGGCUUUUACAGGGGGACCUACGUCGUCGUCAAACAGGUGACCAGGAAACACAUGGAGGUCAACCGGAUGGUCAAGAAACAGCUGCAGAUGAGGAAGGAGCUGACCCAUGACAACAUCAACAGAUUUAUCGGCGCAUGCGUGGAGCCCCCAAACAUGUUCAUCGUCACCCAGUACUGUCCGCGCAAAAGCUUACAGGAUCUUCUAAACGAUGAAUGUUCACCAAUAGACGACAUGUUUACAACCUCACUGGUCCAAGAUCUCAUCAGGGGGAUGACAUUUAUACACGACGCCUUCGGCUACCAUGGUAACCUCAAGUCCAGCAAUUGCCUAGUGGACAGCCGCUGGACGCUCAAGGUCACGGACUUUGGCUACACCGUGCUGGGACCGGAGCCUAGGCCCAAGGUCGAGGACGAGAGCUUCUACAAGGGUUUGCUGUGGACUGCCCCCGAAUUGUUGCGUAACCGCCGAAACGUGAGCACGUCCAGCCACCAACCGUCCUACCACCACAUGAACAGCAUCAGCAGCACGUCCAGCGGCAGCACCAACAGCAGCCUUCGCGUCACCGGCAGCGCCAAGGGCGACGUCUACUCGUUCGCCAUCAUCCUCAAUGAGCUGUACGGCCGGGCGGGGCCGUGGGGGCUGAACAAGAUGACGGCUAGAGAAAUCGUGGAGAGGCUGAUGGUGUCAACCGUUCCAGAGUUCCGCCCCGACACGUCAAACCUGACGACAAAAAAUCAGAUUAUCGUCAGCUUAAUCCACGAGUGCUGGCACCAAAAUCCCGAGGUCAGGCCGGACUUCAAGUACGGCAUCAGGGCCAAGUUCAAGCCAAUACAGCAGGGCUUCUUAAAAUCCAACAUAUUCGACAACAUGAUCGACAUGAUGGAGAAGUACGCCAACAACUUGGAGGCUGUGGUGGCCGAGAGGACAGAGCAGCUGAGGGUGGAGAAACGGAUGACAGAGAAUCUCUUGCUCAGGAUGUUGCCCAGAUCAGUUGCCGAGAAACUAAAGCACGGCCAUCAGGUAGAACCAGAACAGUACGAGCAUGUCUCCAUCUAUUUCUCUGAUAUUGUCGGCUUUACACAGAUGAGUGCCAGUAGCACCCCCAUGGAGGUUGUUGAUUUAUUGAAUGAUCUGUACACCUGCUUUGAUUCCAUCAUUGAAGAGUUUGAUGUUUACAAAGUGGAGACAAUAGGAGAUGCCUAUAUGGUGGUCAGUGGCUUGCCAAUCAGAAACGGGGACAGGCAUGCAGGUGAGAUAGCAUCCAUGGCGCUGUUGUUACUUGAGGCCAUCAAACUGAAACGGUUCAAAAUUCAAGGCUCGAACAACACCACCCUCAAGAUUCGUAUCGGCAUCCAUUCAGGCCCGUGCUGUGCUGGUGUUGUUGGUCUGAAAAUGCCCAGGUACUGUCUGUUUGGUGACACGGUCAACACAGCCAAUAGACUGGAGUCUACAGGGGAAGCUUUGAAGAUCCACUGCAGCGCAGAUACGAAGAAAAUCUUGGAUAAGUUGGGUGGAUACCAUCUGGAGGAGAGGGGAUACACGGAGAUGAAGGGCAAGGGCAGCCUGCUGACCUACUUCCUGCUGUCAGAAGACCAAAACCACAGGUACCGACGCCUCUCCCGGUACAAGCGCUCAGGCAACACCAGCCGCUGUGUCUCCGCCUCCAACCUAGACUACAGCGGCAAGUCCUACAGCCUGUCGUCCAAGAUGUUUUCCCAGAACCCUGACCGUGUCAGCACCAACAGCAGCCUCAACAGCUCCAUGGACAGCUCGGACAACCCCGAGGACAUGUCACCCUCGUACAUGGCAUUCGAUGACAAAAUGUCAGUCCACUUGCCGAGUUAUAACCAUGACUUUGUGGCGUCGACGCUGCCUAGAGCGACCUUGCCGAAAUACAACGGGCACAUGUCGCCGAUAGCGGAGUGCCCCGGUGGACAAAGUGAAUGUUCGGGGCAAAAUGAAAGUCUGUUAGAAAAAACCGUUUCGUUUCCUAACUCUCCGUAUCACGAGGGCUACUCAGAAACUGUCUCUCUACUCAAUGGCACCGCCCAGUGGCCAGAUGGCCCGUCAGGGGUCAUGGCCAAGAAGAGGUCAAUUAGCAGCAGGUCAGGUCUGAAUCAUUCCAAACCUAAUGGUUGGGCCGCGCAGUGGUUUGCUGAUCCCAACGUCUGUCAUUUGGAUUACACAUCUAACGAUGAAUCAACGAUGUAAUCAGAUGACCAGUGGUUUGAUGAUCCGAACGUCUGUCAUUUAGGUUACACAUCUUAGCUGAAUCAACGUUGUAAUCAAAUGACAACCAGUGGUUUGCUGAGCCUAACGUCUGUCAUUUGGAUUACACAUCAAACGAUGAAUCAAUGAUGUAAUCAGAUGACAGCUGACCAGUGGUUACCUUGACCAUAACGUCUGUCAUUUGGAUUACACAUCUAACACUGAAUCAAUGAUGUAAUCAGAUGACAGCUGACCAGUGGUUACCUUGACCAUAACGUCUGUCAUUUGGAUUACACAUCAAACGCUGAAUCAACGAUGUAAUCAGAUGACAGCUGACCAGUGGUUACCUUGACCAUAACGUCUGUCAUUUGGAUUACACAUCAAACGCUGAAUCAACGAUGUAAUCAGAUGACAGCUGCACAAUGGUUUUCUAACCGUAAGAUCUGUUAGCUGGAGUACUCACCCAAGGAUGUAAAGUUUGUUCACUCAAUCAGCAUUGGCGCAAAUUUGUAAUAUAAAGAUUUGUACUAGAAAUGGUCAGCAAUUUCCCGGGAUAAACUAUGGCCAGCGUGACAACAUAUCAACCUAUGAAUGCUAUUACCUGACCAGAUGUUGAUGAUCAAAUACACAGAUAGGACGGGGAGUUUGAUCCGCAAGAUUUCUUUCCACAGGGCUUUAAAGCAAAUACAUUCACAAGGAUGUGUUUUUUAUAACAUGGAAUUUUGUUCGGAAAUAUUUCGUUAGACUGGCGCCUGACGUUUCAUGUUUUUAAUGUCUGUGAUUUACAUGGAGGCAUUUAUCAUCAAACACAAUUCUGUUCAUUGUCAAAAAAAGUGUCUAGACUUAAAACACUGUCUUAACCUAAAUCUGAAACAGUGUCUUGACCUAGCAAAGUGUCUAAAUUUAAGCGUCUAGACCUAUGUCUAAACUAAGCAAAGGGCUCAAAUGUUUGUAUUAUUCUCCUAAUUCCAUUAUGUGUUCUGUGUAUAAAAUUUUAUGGCUUUCAAAAUAUUGCCGUGUACAAAAUGAAUUCACUUGGUCUUCGAGUGAAUUGAAUUCCAGUUCAUGCUGGCUAUUGAAGCCGACCAAAGAAGGAACAGUUUUUUU